GUGGGUUCCUGUUGCUGCCCUUCCUGUGGUUGGUGAACGUUCUCUGGUUUUCCCGCCCGGCCUUCCUGGCCCCGCCCUUCGCGGAGCAGCCGCACCUGAAACGCUGUGAGAGCGCAAGGCAUGAUGGGAUNUCCCGCCCGGCCUUCCUGGCCCCGCCCUUCGCGGAGCAGCCGCACCUGAAACGCUACGUGCUGCGCUCGGCGCUGGGGGCGGGGCUCUGGGGGCUGGGCCUGGGCGUGUGGGUGGGGCUGUUCCAGACCCGCCGCAGCCAAUGGGGAGCGCUGGGAGACGCCCUCAGCUUCACCCAGCCAAUGGGAGAGCCCUGAGCCCGACAACGGCCAAUGGGAGAGCGGAGAGCAGCGAUGACGUCACCACCUGAAUCAAAACCCCGCCCCUUUUUUCCCAAAUAAAGGCAUUGACCACGCCCACACCC